ACGAAAAGAAACCUUCCUCUGAAAACGCAUUUUCCUUUUCUCCGGCUUCCAACUCGGUAAAAACGCCUCAUUUUCUCCUCCCGCUCCCCGACUGGGCAAAACCUCUCCAUAAAUCACGCUCCAGCGCCGCCGGCAGCUGUGCAACAGCGGUGAAGUCACCCGCAACUAUUCGGCAGCGCAACGGCAGAAUCUACCUCCCGAUCCCCUGCUAGAAGACUUGAACAAAUUCGGAGAUGCAUUCCUUUGGAUUCAGAGCCAAUGCUGUUCUGACGUUUGGGAUCACCAUCCUCGCGCUCAUCUGCGCCAUGGCCUCCAUCUCUGAUAACUUCAAUUCUCCCCGUCCGUCUUCCGAAAUCCAGAUAAAAUAUCCAAUUGAUUCUGGGGAGAUAAAAUUUUCUUUCUCGAUGCAGGUCAGUCUUACGAUGAACAUAACAGCAGAUCUGCAGUCACUCUUUACAUGGAAUACAAAGCAGGUUUUCGUAUUUGUAGCUGCUGAAUAUGAAACCCCAAAGAACGCAUUGAACCAGGUUUCACUUUGGGACGCUAUAAUCCCAGCCAAAGAGCACGCGAAGUUCUGGGUUCAGACAGCGAACAAGUAUCGGUUUGUUGAUCAGGGAAGCAAUCUCCGGGGUAAGGAUUUCAACCUGACAUUGCAUUGGCAUGUCAUGCCCAAGACUGGCAAGAUGUUUGCCAACAAGCUAGUCAUUCCAGGGUACCGCCUCCCAGAAGAGUACAGAUAGAACUUCCCCCCUAGUUUUUAGCGAACUGAGAGUUGAUACACAUUGUCGGCUGGUUCAAUUCUUUGAUGUUUUCAUGGCCAGUUUAUAGUUUCUGAACUUGACAAACUACAGUAUUAGUCCCAAGCUGGGCAAUCUUUCUCCGGAUCAGUCAGCUGGUUUGAAAAGCAAGAGAAAUGGCCAUGUUCACUCAGGCUGCUUAACGUUGAAAGUUAACGAUCUUGGCACUUUAUGGCUCUGGAAAGUGAAAUCUUUUAAGGGGUUAAGGGGUUAAUUGCAUGGUUGGUCACUGAUAUUAUAAAAAUUAUUCAUGUUUGGUCACUGAAAAUAUUUAGGAUAAUGUCUAUUU